AUGGCAGACCCAGCGCUGCACCCAGAGAACCCAACCCACAACCAAACCCAACCCCUCAAGCAAAUCGCCAUAGACUACACCCCGGAGGCCUGCACACACUGCCCAGACGCCAACACCAUCACCCUCACCUACGACCACCGCGGCGGCGCACGGUGGCGCACCACCACAAGGUUCCUCUACGGCACCUUCAGCUCCCUCAUUCAGUGCCCACGUGGCAACACCAGCGGCCUCAACUUCAACAUCUACCUCUCGUCCCUGGAAGGUGACAAGUCACAGGACGAGAUUGACUUCGAGUUUUUGGGCAAGGACAGGACAAUUGUGCAGACUAACUAUUACAUUGGCGGCACAGGUAACAAAGAGGAGUUUCAUGAUCUGGGUUUUGACUGUUCUGAUGGGUUUCAUUUUUAUGUGAUCAAAUGGGGUCAGGAUUUGAUUGAGUGGUUGGUUGAUGGGAAAUUGGUGAGGAGGGUUGAGAGGAAAAAGGGUGAGGCUUUUCCUCACAAGCCUAUGUAUUUGUAUGCUUCUGUUUGGGAUGCUAGUUAUAUUGAGGAGGGGAGGUGGACUGGCAAGUACAUCGGGUGUGAUGCGCCUUAUGUUUGCCUCUAUAAGGACAUUCAUGUUCCUGUUGGAAGUGCUGUGGAGGGUUAA